CUCCUGUGCUUGAAAUAAAUCAGUCUCGGAAGACUUGACAGAACUCUCUUCUCCCAUGGAAACUUUUCAUCACAUCAUUUCUGCUACCAUUCUUUUAGCCUUCUUGGUACCCAACAUAUACAUCGUAUAUCUCGUCACUCAGCUCUACUGAUACCUUAGCAUGUCUGCAAAUCUCAACAAUCUUUCUACCUUGGUUUACGCUCACUUGGCAGCCAACAGCGUUCACGGCGUGACUCAUCUCUUGGCAGGCGUUGGCCUGAAUGCUAUGCAAGUGGCUUUUGUCGGCAUUGACGUUAUGAUUCUCCCUCUCGUAGGCUUGUAUAUGUACAAGCAGAACCAGCAUCAAGGCGCACUUGUCUGUCUUUUAUCAAUUUUUGCAUCUGGCAUGUUUGGAACCUAUUACCAUUACAUUUAUGUCUCGGCGGACAAUGUGUCACAGAUACCAUUCACCGUUGCUGGCAUUUUAUUCAUGAUCACAGCCUUUCUGAUAUCUUUCGUAGACGGUACAUCUAGUUUCCUCAUCUAUAGAAUGCUUUAUUUGAACAAAGCAGAUUAGAAAGUAGCAUUAAAUGAAUGUCAUAGACUAUUUGGAGUCUCUUUUCUAAAUGAUGAUGAGACCGUCCGAUUUCGUGCUUGUUAUGCUUUUUUUUAAUCAUAGGAAUCCAAGCAGUAGAAUGAUUCCAAAGAAC